GCGAGGCGGGCAAGCAGACCGAAAUUCGCACGGCGAACUGCGGGGUGGACAGCUAUUCGGGCUGGAACUGCCGCACGCUGCGCGAGCUCUACGAGAAGUGCGGCGACUCGCUCGAGACCGGGGGAAAAUUCACCACGCCGCUGUUGUUCGACCGGAAACAGCGCAAAAUCGUGAAUAACGAGUAUUUUGAGUAAAAACGCCCCCACCCCAGAGUUGUCAUGCAAAUCUGCACGCCAAAAAAGUUAAAGUUUCUCAUGCGGAGCGCCAUGAGAGGCAUUUUUUACCCGUUUUUUGGAAAAAUUUGUGACGCUAUAAUCAGCAUGAUAUACUAGAACUGUGAUGCUGCUGAAUCAACAGCAGGAUUACUCUACGAGGACAAAUUUGUCAUGCCAAACGACCAAAGCUGGCUGAUUUGUCUAGCAGAUUCCCCAUGUUGACUCUGGUGUGGGGACGUUUUUACAAAUGAUAACGAGUCCUCGGAAAUCAUUCUGCAGCUGAACAAUUGGCCGGCCGACGCGAGCAACGGCGCGACCACCGGAAGUGUGGAUUUGUGUAUGAUCGGAAAUGGAGAAGGCGUAGACUUUGCAUUUUUGUAGACUGGAGGUAAAGCAGCUCCUGGUUUCGUCGCUGAGGACGAGAAUUUUUUUAUGCGCAACAUACUGAUUCACUUUCAACACAGUUCGAAUUCUCGGUCGGAGCAGAGGAUCAAGAUUACCGCAGCAAAAAUCUGUACUCUCGCACAUAGGAAGUUGAGAAGCAAUCCUUUAUUUUCCCGAUCCAUACCCGACCCUCUUCAUUUGAAGAAGGAUAUCGACGAGUGGAACGAGUUCACCUACGACCGCAUCAACGACGGCGUGUACCAGUGCGGGUUUGCGCGCACCCAGGUCGCGUACGACCGGGCGGUGGAGAAGCUUUCGACCAGCAUGCAGAAGCUCGAGGACCGGUUCGCGGAGGAACCAAACCGCGCGUUUCUGGUCGGCGACCAGCUCACGAUUGCCGACGUCCGGCUGUUUCAAACUUUAGUUCGCAUGGACGAGUGCUACGUGAUCUACUUCAAGUGCUACGCCGCGAGUCUGCGAAAUUUCCCAUUCCUCUUGCGGUACACCGUGCGGAUCUACCAGAUGCCCGAGGUCCAGGCCUGCACCUUUGUCCGGGACUGCAAGAUCCACUAUUUCACCUCGCACCCGCACCUGAAUGCGUUCGCCGUGGUCCCGCGGGAUUCACAGGUCGUCGAAUUGCUGGAGCAACCACCCGACACGCUGAUCUAAUAUCCACGGGACAGAGGACGGUUGGAGGGAAGAAGGGCGAGGUUUGUCAUGCGGUCAAAGGUUGAUGUGGUUCUUGCGCUCAAGGAGAGACAGUCACAGCAAGUGUCUCUGAGUCGUUAGAACGCAUGCAUGAGACGGACAUUGGAGUCUCAUUUUGCAUCCUCCUUGUAUCGCAUGAGAAACUUGAAGAUGCCUUCAUUCCACCCCAGCACGGCCACCUUUCCCGGACGAUAAAAGCUCCAAGAGUGGCGCGUCGAAGGGUCUACUCGGCUUUUUGCGAGAUUUUUUCACAAAGAGAAUUUGUUGAGGGCGUAGUUCUUCCGCGGGAGCCGUGGUUUAGGUUUUAAUUGAUCAGAAGAUAAACACUAUGUCCAGUUAAAGAACCAAUUCUGUCCUCACCUGGCACUGCUACCACCAGCAGGGGCAAGAAUGCGCAGGGUCUAUUUUUAUUUUUCCGGUUGUGCUGGGGCUGCUAGGACAAUUGCUGUGAUGGAACAACGAACAAGCAUGCCACAAGAUGACGCGGAGCAAGCGCAUGGACGCAUGGAUAGAAUUUACACGAAUUUUUGAAGAAUAAGAUAGGUACAGACGUUGUCGUGAUACCGCUAGAGUUGUUCUUGAUCGGUGGACGAAAGUGGUGAAGUUGUUGUAGCUACUUUGACCACUAGAAUAAGGAAUCAGAAUCCAACUACACGCUAGCCGUUGCUCGUACCACCCUCGCUGGAAUUCUUACGCUCAUCCAGCGCGAUUCGAUCAGAUGCUGGACGGAAAAUGUCCAUGAAAAGCGUUUCAUGCAGCAAUACACUGGUUUGAUGAAGGAAAGCGCUGCACUUCCAGUGGGGCCGGCUGUAGCAGUUUCAGAAUAGCGUUCAGAACGAACGGAUGGCACUGUCGCUGAAAGAGUUUUUUUCUGAAAUGUUUCGUGUCCAGAUUCCAGAAC